AUGGCAGAUAAUAGUAGCUCUGAAAAGCCCGCCACCACGGAGCAGAUUGAGCAGAUCCAUACCAACGAGCGAGUGCCCGGCCACGCAAAUUAUUACGAGAAGGGUGGUCUGAGGACAUACGGAGACGAUGAGGAUCAUGAUGUCGAGCCACCAAUGACCUUUUCGAGGAUCAUGAGCCUCAUCGCCAUGGCGUUUCUAUGGACGGGCAGUCAAAUUCCUGUAUACCUCUUCGGCGGUGUUCCACCCUACAUCUACGGCGACAUCGGCGGUGCUGAUCGAUGGAUAUGGUUCAUUCUCGCGAAUCUGCUUUCCCUCGCAGCCGUUUGCCCCUUCGUCGGAUCGAUCUCUGACAUCGUUGGUCGCCGCUGGGUUGCAAUGAUUGGAGCUUGCUUCCUCAUCCUGGGCAUGAUCAUCUGUUCGACAGCACAUACCAUGAACAUCUUCAUCAGCGGCAUGGUCUUCUCAGGCAUCGGUGCGGGUAUCAACGAGCUUACAGCACUGGCCGUGACGUCUGAGCUCGCUCCGACCGCUCAGCGUGGCAAGUACGUUGCCAUUUUGGUCUUCACCAUCAUUCCUUUCUGUCCUUCUGUCCUCUGGGCACAACUUAUUGCCGCGCACUCCACCUGGAGAUGGAUCGGCUGCUGGUGUGGUCUCUGGGCGUUCAUCGGUCUUGUGAUGACUGCAGUGUUCUACCACCCUCCUCCAAGACCCAACAGCCAGGGUCUGAGCCGCAAGCAAAUUCUCGCCGAGAUUGACUACGUCGGUGGUCUGCUUUCCAUCUCCGGCAUGCUCCUCUUCAUGAUGGGCAUGCAGUGGGGUGGGUACCAAUAUCCGUGGUCCAGCGCGCACGUUCUCGUACCUCUGAUAAUGGGCGCGGUCCUCAUCGUAGCUUUCGUCGUAUGGCAAGGCUACGCAAAACACCCCAUGUUCCCGAAGAGACUGCGGCAGGAGCCCCGUAUCUUGGGACUGACACUCGUAAUCACCUUCAUCUCGGGUGCCAAUUUCUUCUCCAUUCUCAUGUUUUGGCCUACACAGGCAUUUAACGUGUACGGCCAUGAUCCCAUCGGUGUCGGCAUCCGUGGUAUUCCCGUUGGAUUCUCCAUUCUGGCCGGAGCCUGCAUCGUGUUGUGGCUACUUUCUAUGCUUCGUGGCCAUAACAAGGAGCUUCUUAUUGCAUCCUCGAUUCUCAUGACUGCUGGGUGUGGUGCGCUUGCAAUCGGACGCGUGGACAAUCUUCAUCAGCUCUGGGGUUUGCUGGUUCUGGCUGGACUCGGUAUUGGAGGCAUCGUGGUCCCAGCGUCAAUCAUCUCAACCAUCAUCUGCCCCGACGACCUCAUCGCCACAGUCGCCGCCCUCACCCUCGCCAUCCGCGUCAUCGGCGGCUCGAUCGGCUACUGCGUGUACUACAACGUCUUCAUCUCCAAAUUCGUCCCCGCAGCAACCCACUUCAUCGGCGGCGCCAUGGUGACCAAGCUCAACAUCACCGACAACGCCGUAAUCGCAGAAGCCAUCGGCAUCACAGGCGCCUCGCUCCUUCCCGCGCUGCAAGAACUCCCAGGCAUCAAAGACGUGCCAGGUGCGUACGAGCUCGUGGUGUACGCCGGCCAGCUCGCGUACGCAGAGGCUUACAAAUAUGUGUACUACGUGAGCAUAGCGUUUGGGGCGGUUAGCAUCCUGGCCGCGUGCUUUUUGGGGGAUAUUUCCAAGUAUAUGGAUGAUCACGUUGCGGUGGUUAUGCAUUGA